AUGAGCCCCUCAACGCCUCAGGGUCUCCUGAACAAUGUGUGGUUCCUCAUAACCCUUUACUUCUGCCGUCGGGGACGUGAAGGGCAAAGGAACCUGAAGAAAAGCAGCUUUAUUUUUCUCCAAGAUGAAAACGGAAAGUGCUACGCAACAACGGCACACGACAGGGCAAGUAAAAAUCAUCAAGGAGGUCUGAGCGACAACACCGUAAGCUUCGAAAAGCUCGGCAGAAUGUACCAAACAGAGCAUCCAACCAACAGAUAUAAUGCCCUUCGUCUUUAUUUGGAGAAGCUUAAUGCUAAAUGCAGCGCUUUCUUUCAAUACCCAAAGCAUUCUUGGAAGAGACCACAAGAAGGAGUGUGGUUUGAGAAUCGAUGCCUUGGGGUGAACAAGCUCAGAGAUAUGAUGAAAAUUCUCAGCAAAGUGGCCAACCUGUCAAAGAUCUACACUAACCACAAUGUUAAGGCAACGGCGAUUACACUGUGGUCAGAUGCUGGCCUGUCUUAUCGUCAUAUAAUGUCAUUAUCUGGCCACAGGAAUGAAGACUCCCUCCGCAGUUACAGCACACGUCCUUCUUCCCAGCAGCUCCAGUUGUGCAGCAACGUGCUGUCCACUGCUCUUAAUUCAGCUGAUCAACAUCUGCUCCCUCAGAAAGUAACACAGCAACCAGAUCUUACCUCAGGCAUAGCUACCUGCACCAUUCCGACACAGAAUAUUUACUCUCGCUAUGAUGAGAAAUCAGCCUCGCUGCCAUGUUUUCUGGUUGCCAGAUUGGUCAAGUUCACAUUCAUCGCCACGAUAAACCUC